GAAUCAAUCAUGAUGCACUAUAUGAAAACAUUUGAAGAAACAUCCCUACAAACCGCUUGCGAAACUACUAAGGACACUUCUUCUCAUAUGGUUCCAUUGACUCGGAGUAAUUUGAUAUCGGCUCAAGAAAAUUUUUUAUCACAACUGGAAAACAAGCAAACUCCAGUGGAUACUCAAACUAUCAAGAAGAAGACUAGCCGAUCUCAUAACAAGAACACUCUCACUAAAUGCCCGUACGAGGGCUGCCAGCGAACUUUUCAACGCACACAUAACUUGCGGACACAUAUGCGAAUUCAUAUUCACCCCAAGCCUUACAAUUGUUCACAUUGUGAACGUUCAUUUUCCAGAAGACAUGAUCUUGAACGACAUGUUCGUGUGCAUACUGGUGAUCGUCCAUACUCGUGCCCUUGCUGCGCUCGGUCAUUUGCUCGAACCGACGCACUUCGACGCCAUCUCAAGAUGGAAGAGGCAUGCAGGCAAAGCCCUCAGGUUCAAAGCUUGAAGAAUAAGCGACGCUACGCUGACCUGUAAAAGCUUAAUCAAAUCUACAAUAUCUGUUCUGUACAUAGUCCUUUUUUUUUUUUUUCUUUACAGCUUUGUGUUCUUUGCAAUUACCUUGUGUUCUUCUUUUCCGUGGAGGCUUUGCCAAUAACUAUGAAAAAUAUCAUACACACCCCUCUUUCCGAUCAUACCCUGCCUAAAUAACAUUAAAGUUCCAC